AUGGAGAAUAAAGAAAAGCUGCGGGUCAUGCCAGAAGAGGAUGAUGAAUGCCAGCCUCUGCUGGGAGGAAAUGUGCAGGAGAAAGUAGGGGAGAUGGAAUGGGAGGUUCGCCUGCCACAGGGAAAGACCUCGCCGUUCGGAGCUGUCUUCAUCAUCGUCAAUGCUGCUCUCGGCGCAGGCCUGCUGACUUUCCCUCUUGCAUUCCAUUUGGCAGGAGGGGUUUUGCCAGCUCUGUCGGUGACACUGUUCCUGUUGGUGUGGAUUGCUCUGGGACUGAUAGUUCUGGCCCAUCUAGCAGAAACUCUGCAGGCCUCCACGUAUGAGGAAGUCGUCGGUAAGGCUUGUGGAAAGGUUGCUAAAGCUAUAGUGGACACUUGCAUCAUUGUCUAUACCUUUGGUACCAGCAUUACAUUUCUGGUAGUUAUUGGCGACCAGCUGCAAGACUUGUCUGCAGCAGUGCAUGUAGAUGGGCGGCCACUAACCCAUAAGUGGUGGGUGGACCGAAGACUUCUUAUCUCUCUGGCUGCCCUACUCUUUAUCUUGCCUUGGCUAUGGAUGAAGAGGAUUGGCGUACUCAGUUACACCAGUGCUCUGGGUGUGGUGUGCUGUGUGUACAUAUCUGUUGUGGUGGCUGUGCGGUACUUUGUCUCCUACGGUGACCAGAGUCCUGCAGACAUGAUGACCUGUAGAGAUACCACUUCCCUCCAGCAUUGUCAGAGACAGUGGCCAGACUUCUUCACAGCCAUUCCUUUCAUCUGCUUUGGAUACCAGUGUCAUGUGUCAUCAGUUCCUGUGUAUGCUGGACUCAAAAGGAGGAGUGUGCGGGCCUACCUGCCGCUGGUGGCUGUGGCUCUGGCAGUGUGUUUGGUGGUCUACUGUCUCACGGGAGUCUUUGGUUUCCUCACCUACAACAGAUACACCUGCAUUGAGGCCGACAUCCUCAGGAACUACUGCCCACAAGACCCAGCCAUUGAUGUGGCUCGUGUGAUGCUCAUACUAGUCAUGAUUACCUCAUAUCCCAUUCUCGCCUUCUGUGGAAGAAGUUCUUUGGACAGCAGAGUGCAGCAGGUGCUGCAGCGACUGUCCCCAGGCCUCCCAGUGACACUGGGCAGCUACAGAUGGUGGGAGAGAGUACGACUGGGGGUCGAAGGCACAGCGUGGCUCCUUCUCUCUCUUCUGCUUGCGCUGUUUGUACCAGACAUAUCACCCAUUAUCAACCCUAUUGGUGGUCUUGCUGCAAUACUCAUGUUUGUAUUCCCAGUGCCCAGAACACACAGCCAGUCUGCCAGCAGCAGACUGCAGGAGCGACAUUCUCUUAGGUCUUCCCCAAGAACGCCUGCUGAACAGUUCUUGGAGCUCAACAUUGCUCUCAGCACACUUCAGCAGCGACUGCAGGCGAGGGCCGAGGCACGAGAGAGGUCUCAGUCUUCCCUCCAUCCGUCCUCACUCCCUGCUGGGCUCCCUCUCCUCUUCUUCAGACCUGUUCCAACUCUGCAGUGUCCUGUGUGCUCCAAAGACAUUCCAUCGUCGGAAAUGGAGGCUCACAUGUCUCAGUGCAUGAGUCGUCCUCGAGUCACUUACAAUGUUGACACUCUUGCACAGGACUCUGGAGAGUGCAGUAUCUGCCUUGAUGACAUGGUACCAGGAGAAGAGAUUGUCCGGCUUCCAUGCCUGUGUAUCUACCAUCUCAAGUGUGCCAAGAAGUGGUUCAAAGUCAGUCAGACAUGUCCUGAACACCCUGAUUUGGCCUAGUGCAUCAGUUGUGUGUUGUUUUUUAUACGCGU